UAAUUAAUUAAUUAAUUUCGAAAAAAUAAAAUUUUAAUUUUUCAAAAUAAUAAAGAAGCAGGAAAAUAUCGUCCAGACCAUUUCCGUCUCUGCUUCUCAUUUUCCCUCCGGUCCUGGUCUUCCUCGUCUUCUUCUGAGAAAAUCAGGUUCAGAAAGGGGCACUUUUUGAGGGCUGAGGACAUUCCCGUGUAAUCUUGAAGGAGAUUUGUUGGAGACCCUGGGAGGGAAGGGAACAUAGCUUCUCUCCCCAACCACGUGACGUCUGACCACACUGGGAAUGCUGGAAAAAUGUGCCUAUUAGUUAAGAUCUCCGCUCCUGUUAUUCACGAGUUCAAGUCACCACGAGAGGUUUAGCUCGGGCUCCUCACCCUUCACAGGACUGGACAUAGAACUCCCAGCUCCUUGGCUCUCUCAUCACAGUUUACUUAUGAACCAACAGUUUGUGAUGCUAUACCUGUUGUUCUAGUGCAAGACCAUUCUGAAGACGGUUGAGCCACUCUUGUUGUGAGAUUACUCCUUCGUGUUGUCCUGGGAGGGUCCGUUGUAAUAUUGUACAUUAGGUCUUGUAGCUUGGUAUGGAAAAUAAGCCCAGAGUGUUGACUCAGAGGUAUGAACUGGGAAGGUUACUUGGUCAGGGCACCUUUGCAAAAGUAUACUAUGGGAGGAGCCUGGUAGGGAACCACAGUGUUGCCAUUAAGGUGAUAGAUAAAGAAAAGGUCUUCAAGGUCGGUCUCAUGGAUCAAAUCAAGCGAGAGAUAUCUGUGAUGCGAAUCGCUAGGCACCCUAACAUCGUGCAGCUGUAUGAGGUUAUGGCCACCAAAAGCAAGAUUUACUUUGUCAUGGAAUAUGCGAAAGGAGGGGAACUUUUUGACAAGGUGGCAAAAGGGAAGCUCAAGGAGGAUGUUGCUCGUAAAUAUUUCAUACAGCUCAUCAAUGCAGUUGAUUUUUGCCACAGUAGGGGUGUUUAUCAUCGAGACAUCAAGCCGGAGAAUUUAUUGCUGGAUGAGAAUGAGAAUCUGAAGGUGUCCGAUUUUGGAUUAAGUGCUCUUGCUGACUCCAAGCACCAGGACGGGCUACUUCACACCACUUGUGGCACCCCUGCGUAUGUGGCACCUGAAGUGAUCAACAGAAGAGGCUAUGAUGGGGCCAAAGCGGACACUUGGUCUUGCGGUGUUGUGUUGUUUGUCUUAUUGGCAGGGUAUCUCCCGUUCCAUGAUUCAAACUUGAUGGAGAUGUACCGGAAGAUAGGCAGGGCAGACUUUAGGUGCCCCAGUUGGUUCCCUACAGAAGUGCGGCGGCUUCUAUCGAAGAUAUUGGACCCGAACCCCUGCACCAGGAUUUCCAUUGAUAAGAUCAAGGAGAGCUCUUGGUUUAGAAAAGGAUUAAUCUCGAAUAAGCAGGUCAAGGCAGAAGCAGAGAGCAAGGUCGCGGGUGCAUCUGAUAUGAGCACUUCGGCAGGCUCCUCUGAGUGUAGCGGUGUCACUGGUGAUGGGAAUCUGGUGCAGCAGGUCAAACCCCCGAGCUUGAAUGCUUUUGAUAUCAUUUCACUUUCCGCUGGAUUUGAUCUGUCGGGUCUGUUUGAGGUGGACCCUCGGAAGAGGGAGACUAGGUUUGCUUGCAGGCAAACUGCUCCAGUAAUCAUAUCUAAGCUAGUGGAUAUGGGUGAGCGUCUGAGAUUGAAGGUGAGUAAGAAGGAGGGAGGUCUCUUGAGACUGGAGGGGCUUAAGGAAGGCAGGAAGGGAGUCGUAGGUGUUGAUGCGGAGAUCUUCGAGGUCAGUCGGUCCUUCCACCUGGUGGAGCUCAAGAAGUUCAGCGGAGACACUUUCGAAUAUCAGAGGAUGCUGAGAGAGGGUAUGAGGCCGGCCCUGGACGAUAUAGUUUGGGUAUGGCAGGGAGAAGAACAGCAACAGCAGCAGCAGCUGCAGCCACUUGUUGAGCAGACACAGCCAGAGCAGGAGCCCCAACAAUAAUGAACAGACUCGCGAGCUUUUUGCCUUUUCCGAUUCAUUCAUUCCGACUGACCGACCUUACACACCUAGAGCUGCAAAACCAGCUCAUUUUCCAUGACUUGUUUGGCCUUUGCCACACAUAUAUAUAUACUGUACAUGUAAAAAUUCAACUGAUGCUGUUUUGUCUGGUGUAUUAAUGGAUUGCCAUUUGAUCAUUUGCUGACCCAGACCCACCUUUUUGAACAUUCACUACUUCUCUGUGUAUAGCAUUGUAUAUGAGAAAUUAUGAUGUGUUUGUUA